AUUCACUCCUAGUGAAAAUUGAAAACACCCUUAGUAAACGAAUAACAACUCGUUUGAUUAGGUUGAAUUUGUGUGAAUAUAUUGAAGUACUAAAAUUAUUGUUAUUUUAUUUUUGCAAAAGAAAAUCAGAUCAUUAAGUAAUCAAAUCAGUAGCCACCUGGCUUACAAUACAAUCAUGAAUACCAAUAAAAUUACUCCCUCCGUCCUAAUUUGUAAGAUACUUUACGGUUUACGAUGUUUGAUGGACGAUAAAGUAAAUUGAUCCCCGUCCACACUCAAAUUAGUUUUAGAAAAUAAAAUUUGCAUAUUCAGAAACUAAAAGAUCAAAAUAAAAGAUUAAGAGAUAUUUAUGUUGACCAUGUCAAUAUAGUAAAUAUAUUUUACAAUUUGGGACUGAGGAAGUACUUUUCUGAUCUGGUAGUAAUAUGCCUUCCGUAGCUAAUGAAUGAGCAACCAGGUUCGCAGACCUUUAUAAAUAGAGAGGCUAAAACUUUCAGCCCCGUACUCGAAUUCAAAUUUUUCUCAGACUUCCCGAAUAGCGAUGGCGGUUCGAACUCCCAGAGCUUCGGUUUCACCUGGACUCUAAUCACCCUGUUUGGAUGUGGUAAAAGCCAUUGCCCCUGAUCGGUACUAAUACCUCCCUUCAUGAGGCUUCUUAGCUUCCAGCUAGUUGUAUUUUAAUGUUUCAACAAUUAUUUUAAUAUUUAUUAUUUUAGAAAUACUAAAAUUAUUGUCAAAACAUUUAAUUCGUUAAAUUCACAAAAUUAUGAAAAACUAUACUAGUAUUAAUUACUCCGUAAACUUUACUCCGUAUUAAAUAAAAACUCAACUAUAUACAAAAAACUAUAACAUUUGAUUUCAUCAAAUUCAACCAAUACAUAGUUAAGUCAUUUAAGUCGCAACAAUAAUAUUUUUCUUUCUCAUUUAUAUGUCAACUGUCAAGUGAAAUGUGAAAGUCCAUUUUGUGACCCUUAUUUCAAACUUCAAUUAUUAUCCUUAUUUUAGUGACAAACCUUUUUAAUAUCAAGCACAUAACUUUUGAUUCCACGUGUUGAAUUGUCUAAUAAUAAACAUAAGUAAGGUUAAAAUUACCCCUGAAUUGGCAUGAUCAUUUAAGUUAUUUUUCAUAUAAUUCUUUCUAUAGUUUAUUCAUAAAAUAGAAAAUAUAUGAAGGCAUUUUUUUUAUAUACUCACAUUUGUAUUAUAGUAUUUGCCCUUACAAUAUGGAUGCAUUAAAAAUAAAGAACAACGUAAAAGCAAUUAAAAAUAGAAAUAGCGCAAACAUUAAAAAAGUUUUUUGCCUAAAACAAAUAAUCCCCUUGCCUAAAAUUGCCAACUGUGACUUUUCCGCCUCUGUCCUUGAAAAUUAGCUUUCACUCUUCAGAUUCUCCUUGCCCACAAGAUAAAGGAUUUGGAUUGUGAAUUUGUGAGUAUCUCAAUUGGGCAUAAGGAAUUAAAUUGCAUAUUCAUUGCAGGAUUUCUGAAGAUAUUUUAACAUCUUUUUUCUUGAUCCAAUUUCGGGUUUGUAUAGUAAAGUUAUCUGCUAUGGAGGUAAAAGACAGAAUCAGUGGACUUCCUCUGGACAUACUUGCCCACAUUUUGGGAUUAUUGCGGAUUGAAGAAGCUGCUAAAUCUGCCAUUUUGUGUACGAGUUUGAGAGAUGCUUGGUUAAGUCUUUCACACCUCAACUUUGAUAGCCACUUCUUCAAAUACAUUCAGGACCAUUAUAUAGCAGAAUCAAGUCAAUCACCAAUGUCUGUAAUCGACACAAUCAUCAUCAAACACAACGGACCUAUUCGAAAAUUUGUGUUUGAUUGUAACUUAAUAAGACUCCCCUUACCCUACUGUAGGUGGGAGCUUUUGCGACACUGGGGUAAUGAUAAUGAUGAUUGUAACUUCAUAAGACCACGUAAAGAUAAGUCUAGGUGGCUGGACUUUGAUGAAUGGUUACAUUGUCUCACCCAGAGUGGUGUUGAAGAAAUGCACCUCUCUUUUGGCCAACAUACGGCAUACAUAUUGCCAGAUUGCAUAUAUUCUUGCCCAUCGUUAAAGACGUUGCAUCUUUCGGGAGUCUGUUUUGAACAAGUUAGCACCGCGUGCAUAUUCCUGAAUGUUACUACACUUUUAUUAGAAAACAUCCAGUUUGAUCACAGAAAAUGUUCUGCUGCUGAACUUCCUAUGCUUAGGAAUCUAACUUGUGAAAGCAUUUCUGGUUUUAACUUUACUGCCCCAAAGCUUAGAAGUUUGAGAUUUCGUGCUUGUGAGUAUUACAUUGUUGGAAGAAACUCGUGUCUCAUUCUUCCGGUUACGUUAGACUUGAGAACUAUCCACUCUGUUCAUCUAGAAACAAUUGACCUUGAGAGGUUUGUUAGUGAGUUAACUUGGGCGGGACAAGAACAAACUACACUCAAUGUGGAACACCUGCAGCUACGCCUGUAUGACAAGUAUUCGGAUAACAUAUCGACGUGCUUUCACUUGUUGCGGAUGUGCCCACUGUUGAUCAAACUUGACAUACAUUUAACAUUCGGGGCAGGGGUUGCAAGUGCAGAAGAACUAUUGGAGCUCCCUGAGCAUACUUUGGCCCAAACAUUUGAUACAAUUCGGGAUUUAAGUAUUGUUUGCUGGUUUCAAGGGUCAGAUCCUGAAAUGCUAUUCUUCAAAUGGCUACUUUGCCGCUUUCCGGCACUUGAGAAGGUUUUAUUUUAUCCAAAUUAUAUGUAUUCAGGCCACAACCCAUGUGAAGAUAUGGAGACGCUUUUGUGCUUUCUGCGUUUCGAUAGGGAAGUAGAAAUUUCUUACUCUGUAUUAUAUUAAGUAAUGUGUAAGUUAGAAUAUAUUAGAUAACAACUCUAACUGAUAUGGGUAAAUCCGUAUAACUAAAUAGAUUGAUAAGGAUUAUAUAUUUUGUGAUGAUCUAAUACGUCCUGCAAGACAGAGGUUCUGCAAGAUAGAGGUUCCAUGGGUUAAUCCUAACUUGGACUGAAAUUUUUUCGAACAAGUGGCUACCAAGCGGUUUAGUGUGGAUAACAUAUUUCUGACAAGUGUUUGACCCCUUGCCAAUGGAGAUCCAUCGGAGCAUGAAUGAAUUGAGACAAGCAGCUGACCGCAAAGGAAAUAUCAAGGCAUGUAAAAGCCAAAUGUAUGUUGAAACAAACCAAGAGUAUGACAUAGUUAUGUGAGUGCCGAACCAUCCUGGUGUUAUAACUGGACAAUAGCUAGAGCUCAUAAGGGUUAGAGCCUCUUAAGCUCUAUGCAUUCCGCAAGUUUCUAGUAUAUGAAUAAUACUAGAGAUUCACAGUAGCAAUUUGAGCAUCACCAUCUCCAUGAGAUGUAUGUAUGAUCAUAAAUUGAAAAAAGAAUUUUGUACCACUUUUAUUUUUUAAAUACUCUAAUU